AUGCGUCGAGAUAACCGCCCGGCUGCCGUGGCCUUUGAUGGCCCGGCAAGCAAGAACAAGCUCGAGCGCGCGCGCAAACACCACAGCGACGUCGACGAAGACGACGAGGUCGACACCUACUUCACCUACAGGCCCUUGUCCAACCUCCCUACGCCGCCUCCUACCUACAAGGACCCCUCGUCGGCAUCCCAAUCGCCGUCCUCGGGAGAGGACGACGAACAUCUCAUGGCCAGGUUUCGAGGACCCGCCAUCCAUCUCGUCAAUCUCAUCCCGUCGGCCGCCUCGCUGGCUACGGCAUCCGUGCCCCUCGUUCAGGCGCUCCUCACCCGCGCGGACCUCCCCCUCGAAACCGUCGCCCUCGCCGUAUGCAUCCUCGACAGCCUCGACGCCAAGUUCGCGCGAGCCUGGAGGCUCUCGUGCCCGCUCGCCCCCAAUACCCUGAUGCCAACGUCGAAGCGCCAUACCCUGCCCCCAACGCCGGCCCUCUACCAAGCUGCCCAACAGCAGAUGCUGCACAUCGAUUCGGUGAGGCCCGAGCUCAUCAUCCUCGCGGCCAUCGUCAUCGCCGUAAAGUUUACCGAGGACCCGCAGCAGCCAACGUACUUCUACUGCUUCGAGUGGGGUAAUGGUCUGUGGUCCCCCGACCAACUCAACACGACGGAGCGCUGCAUCAUGGAGUUUCUCCAUUACAGGAUCAUGCCACUUUGCGACGAGGACUGCCUCGCCGAUGCAAUGGUUGACAUGCAGCUGGCCGGCCAGCAGAGGGACUCUGAGUUCGGGAGCCUACAGCACCAACGGCCGAGGGCGGUGUCGCCAACGGCGCGGUUUGGCCCAUCGCACAGCAGAUCCAAGACCAUGGUCCCCAGCACUCCCACGCUGGGGCUGGGCCUCUCCCUGACCCCGGCGGAGACUCCCUGA